AUGGCAACUUUCGGACGAUGUUGUAUCAGUAUGAUGCUUGUUGUCUUAGUUCUGACCAGCUGCUCAGUACUUAAUGUUUCUGCAAAGGUUGCACUCUACACGAAUGAGUCACUCCGCGCUGGCGAUCAGCUCAGCAAUCGGGGCUUCACACUUGCAAUGCAAGCCGACUGCAACCUGGUGCUUUACGACAACUCAAAUGCGAUAUGGAGUACAGGGACUGCUGGCAAGGGACGCGAUUGCUAUGCGACGAUGCAGGGGGACGGGAACUUGGUGAUUUACGGUGCUCAAGGUGUAGUCUGGUCCAGUAAUACUGUGAGAGGUCUUGACAAGUAUGAAUUGAUUGUUCAGGAAGACAGGAACGUUGUCAUAUACAAAGGAGCUGCACGAAAGUCUAUUUGGGAUACUAAGACUUAUUUUCAUGCCUAA